UCAGUCUAUCUAUCUGACUUUCUAUCUAUCUGUUUAUCUAUCUUUCUAUAUGCCUUUUUAGCUUAUCUUUCAGUCUUACCUAUCUGUCUAUCGUUCUGUCUGCCUGCCUUUCUUUUUAUCUAUCUUUCUACCACAUCUUUCUAUCUAGCUUCCUUUCCAUCUUCCUUUGUUAUUUGCUUAUGGCCACCCUCUGAAUGAGUUGUGAUUGUGUGCCUUCCAGUUGUUUCCGGCUCACGGUGGCCCUUUCCUGGGGUUUUCUUGGCAAGGUUUGUCUGGAGGAGGUUUGCCAUGGCUUCCAAAGUGUGACAUUUAAUAAGACUUGUUGCUGCUGUUGUGUGCCUUCAAGUCAUUUUCAGCUUACAGUACCCCUAAUGCAGUCCUAUCAUGGGCUUUCUUUUUUGGCAAGGUUUGCCGUUUCCCCUGAGGCUGUGAGAGUGUGCCUUGACCAGAGUCGCCCAACGGGUUGAGAAUCGAACCCUGGUCUCCAGAGUGGCAGCUCAGCAACUCUAACCCCUGCGCCAGAAAUGGCGAUGAUGGGGGAAAGUGCCUCACUGAAGUCUACGAAAGCUCCUGCCGCCAAAGCCUUUCUUUGGGUGACUCUCAAAGGUGCUUCGAGAUCUCCCUACAUACUGAUUCUACAGACUAACGCAGCUAUAUCUUUCAAUUCUUGCCCAAAAGUGUUUGGUUUUGCAACGCUUGGUGUCAGGGGCUGUCGGUUUCCACCAUUAGCGAACUCCUGCGACAAUCGACGGCGGCAUGAAUGGAACAUGGAGCACAGUCUGGAUGUGGGAGGAAGGCAGUGUGUUAAAAGGACAGGGAAGGAUGCAAAUAAGCCGGAGGGGAGACGUUUGAGACAGGCUCUGUUCCCACUGUGUGACAUUUCAUCGCCUGGCACGCUACGCCUGACAAGGCCUGGCCUUGUCUUGGCUGUUCGGCACAGGCUGCCUUUCAUGGAGGCUUGACCAUCCCCGCUUGGCAGGAUGCAAGGGAGGGCUGACCUUUCCUUGCACUGAUUUGCCACCUGCAGAGCCUGCUAGGAACAGGCGGAAAGGAGUCCAGUGCUUCUCUUUCCUUGCUUUAGGCAGUUUUCUUUCUUUCCCCGGUGGCCACAACUUGAGGCGUUUCCACCUCCUUUGCACCGCUUGCCUUUGCUUCCUCAUUUCUGGGUAUGUUUUUGAUAGGCUGUCUCUAAUGAGAGCCAGCGUGGCAUAGUAGGUUAACUAUUGGACUACAUCUCUAGAGACCGGGGUUUGACUCCCAGCUUGGCCACAAAACCCACUGAGUGAUGAUAAUAAUAAUAAUAGAUAUUAUUUAUAUCAUGCCUUCCUGAAAUGAUCAAGACGGAUUACUGUACAAGAAAAUACAUAACGCAUACACGACUAAAAAUGACAUAUCCCCUUAUCCAUUGCCUUAACUAAAAAUACCAGCAUCAUAAAUACAAUUUCUUUGAUGUUGGGGAAGUCGCAUGCUCUCAGCUUCAGAGGACAGCAGUGGCAAAGGCAAACCCACUUGGAGCAUAGCUUGCCAAGAGAACUGCAUGACCCACCUUGGGGUCACUGUAAAUAGGAAACGACUUGAAAGCACACAACAACAACAACAUAAUAAUAAUUCAUUUAUUUAUUUCCCAUGAGGAAUAGCAGGUCCUGUGCUGCUCAGAAGCUGUCUGAAACGGUGCAAAGUAGACAGGUUAAUAACCUUGGUGAGGACUAGUCUGUCGAAAUAGCUGUCUGCAGAGCUUGCUAAGUAAGUGGGAUGCUGUGUGCAUUCAGUCGGCCUGUUUAGCUUUCUUUCUUAUCUUUCGGCAAGAAAGCUAAGAGUCUUGCAGUACAAAUGCCGAAGUGUGUGCCGUGAACUGAUAACUGCAACAAAGCUUUUGCUUCAGGCCAAGAGGACAGUUUCAUUUCUCUCUUCCAAGUGGAGAUCUGGCUUAUGUAAUGGCAAGAGGCAAUAAUCAACUGCCUCAGAAAUAGUGUACCCUGGAAUUAUUUAAACAGCAGCUUACAGGACUCUUUAGCAAUAUAUAUAUAUAUAUAUCCAUGUGUUCUUCCCUUCCCUGAUUUCCAUUCAGUGUAUUGGCAUUAAGCUGAGCUGCUGGGACUGGUAAAGUAUUGUCUGAUACAGCAACCUUAUAAUAAUCUUCCCCACCCGCAUAGAGAUAGCUGGGAAGCUGGGGACAUAAGCACUUUUAUAAUGUUAGCAUGCAAGUGUGAAUUACUUGGUUCUUUCCUUGUGAAUUAUUAAUAUCCUUGUUUUCUCCUGUGGUGUGACUUUUGAUAGAAUCAGUCUGGUAGUGAUCGAUCUGAGACCCGGCUCGAGAAUGGGAGACCUGGCUGCCACACUUGUAUGGAAUGGAUAAAGUUUAGCCAGUGUGGGUAGAAGAUGAAGAUGCAUGCAUGUCAAGAGGGAUCCCAAAGCCUUCGUAAAUUGGGGAAACAAUAUCUUUGUCAUUUGGUUAGGCUUGAAAAGAUGGGUGGACAACUUGUAAUGCUCCAAGUCAUGUUGAACGACAAGUCCCAUCAUCCCUUCGUAUUGGCUAGGCUGGCUUGAGCUCAUGGGAAUUGCAGUCCAGCGUACAAAGUGCCACAUGUUGCUCUCCGUUUCAGCAGUGGCUUUUCAAACCAUGUUCUGGAGGAACUGGAGUUCCCAAAAAGAUGGCUAUAUGAUGCUGCACUAUCUUUCCUGAAAUAUAUUCUGGCUACUUCUGCAACAAUGCAUGGCUCAAGGAGAGUCUUAGACAUGUGGACCUUAUCUGUGCUUCAUAGGUACUGGCUGUCUACUCAGAACAUGCCUAAAAUGCUUUGGGCAUCUGUGAGUAAUGCAUGUGUGAUACAAAGGCCUUAAAAUAGCUGGGCUUUACUAUAGGAGAGGCCCAGUUUGCAGCCAGGGUUUUAUAUAUUUCUGAUCAAGUAGCAGUGUGAAGUCAUGGGAUCCAGAACUUGCCCACCUCUGACAUACAAGUACAGUCGGGCUUCAUGAAACUCUACUGUCCUCCAGUGCUUUUUAAAUGUCAUUUUCCUCCCUACUAGUAGACGAUAGAUAAAAUCGCAACUGUGCAAAAAGGCCAGGAAGUCAUUUUGGGUAAAUGGAAGUCACACAGAGGUCUCUGCUGACAAGCAAUGAUGUAUGCUGGCGAAUCCAGCGCAGCCCUUGUUAUGCGUUCACUCCAUUUAUCAAAGUGCCUGCAGUGAACUUGUUUUAGGAAUGAGAGCUUCUGAAAUAAUUAAACCAGUUGGCUAGGGACUGUGAGUUAGCAAAAUGAAACUGUUUGGACCCGUUCUCUCUUGCCUCGGCACUUUGGCGUAGGAGCUUGUUGGGAGUGGAAGUCUUGGCUUUAGCCUUGUUAAAUUCAAGGUGGGUGUGAAUGUGUUCCUUUCAGGUUGGGCUUUAUGGUUGUUGUGUGUGAAUGUGUGUGUGUGAAAGAGAGAACACGCUGCUUAAUGUAGCCUUACAAAGAAGUCUGCAAAGGAUGCUAGCAUGGUUGCUUGUCCACUCAGAAUUGGGAAUAGCUUGGCAAAAGGUACUACACCAUAGCAGGUAAAACUCUUGUGCCAUGCUUUGACUCCUCUGACUAAUCAAUGGGCUAGGAAUUGUUGCAAACUGUUGAACUGCAUCUGCCAGCAGCCUUUGCCCUUGGUUAUACUGAUGAGCAGGCUGCUGGGCAUCCUAGUCCUACAACACAAUUCCUACCCCUGUUUUAGACUCUGGUUACGUACUUCCAUCUCUAGUUUUGGCUAUAGCGACAGCCUCUUGCCCCAUCUCCAUGUCUAGGGUGGCAGGUGCUUUGGGAAGGAUAAAACCAUAAGAAGUCCUUACUCCACUUGUUGUCAUAUAUGUCCCUCAAGAACCUUUCUGUCUUGGCUGAGAAUUGGAACUAGAAUCUGUAUUUGCCAGUACUUGAUGAAGAUGGAGAUCCUCUGGUAUUGAUGCCUUCAAGUGUCCUGGUCUCUGUUAAACCUCUGUUUGAGUGCCCCUGUUUUUCAAAUCCAAGCACCUGCUUUGAAACAUAUGGACCUAGCUUAGUUUCUGGGUGAAACUGAACACCUCCUUUUUAAAGGCUGUUGCUGGGUUUUGGUGCAUUAAGUCAGAAACAGAGCCAGCAUGGUGCAGUGGUUUGAACUUUGGGCUACAACUCUGGAGACUAAGGUUCAAAUCCCUGCUGGGCCAUGGAAACCCCCUGGAUAACCUUGGGCAGGUCACACUCUCCUAGCCUCAAGGAAGACAGAGGCAAGCCCUCUCUGAACAAAUCCUGCCAAGAAUGUCCCCUGAUAGGUUUGUCUUAGGGUCACCGUAAGUCAGAAGUGACUUGAAGGCACACAACAAUGACAGUGACCCCAAUUACUACACAUUUAAUAACCAGCUCCCAGGUGUCAUUCUCCUGAUGGCUCUUUCUAGAUUCUAGAAUUGCCAGAUGAAUGCAGCUUGGGGUCUGGUUAUGAGAUGCAUUGUGUAGAGCUUGUUGUGUUUUGUGAAACUCUGUCAGAGAUUGCCUUCUUCCUCCUCCUCCUCUUCCUGCUGACAGUUUCUGUCUCACUUUGUUUAUGCUGCAGGUGUGCAAACAGCCAAGGAGUCAUUUCAGUGUGUUGGAGAUGAUGUGGAGAGACACUCUAUCCCUGGUUGAAGAGGAAGACCCUCACAUGAAAGUCUCUCUCGGGAGCAGCGAUAUGGGUGUGUCUGCCCAUCUGCAAUCAUCAAAGACAGGGACCACCAGGUUUUUCACCAGCAACACUCACAGCUCCGUAGUACUUCAGGGUUUUGACCAGCUGCGAAUAGAAGGUUUGCUUUGUGAUGUGACCUUAGUGCCAGGCGACGGUGAUGAAGUGUUUCCAGUUCAUAGGGCAAUGAUGGCAUCGGCUAGUGAUUACUUCAAGGCCAUGUUCACAGGUGGGAUGAAAGAACAAGACUUAAUGUGCAUUAAGCUCCAUGGAGUGAACAAAAUAGGUUUAAAGAAGAUAAUAGAUUUUAUUUAUACUGCAAAACUUUCUCUCAACAUGGACAACCUUCAGGAUACUCUAGAAGCUGCCAGCUUUUUGCAGAUAUUGCCUGUAUUGGACUUCUGCAAAGUGUUUCUUAUAUCUGGGGUUUCCCUAGAGAACUGUGUCGAAGUGGGCCGGAUUGCCAAUACGUACAACCUUACGGAAGUAGAUAAAUACGUGAACAAUUUCAUCCUCAAGAACUUCCCGGCACUGCUGAGUACCGGCGAGUUUGUGAAACUCCCCUUUGAGCGCCUUGCCUUUGUCCUUUCAAGUAAUAGCCUUAAGCACUGUACGGAGCUGGAGCUCUUCAAGGCCGCCUGUCGCUGGCUGCGCUAUGAGGAGCUGCGCAUGGAGUGUGCCGCAAAGCUCAUGAAGAACAUCCGGUUCCCUCUGAUGACUCCACAGGAUCUCAUCAACUAUGUCCAAACAGUGGAUUUCAUGAGGACUGACAACACUUGUGUCAACUUGCUCUUGGAAGCUAGCAAUUACCAAAUGAUGCCCUACAUGCAGCCGGUCAUGCAGUCAGAAAGGACGGCCAUCCGAUCGGACAGCACCCACCUGGUGACUCUGGGGGGAGUGCUCCGGCAGCAGCUGGUGGUCAGCAAGGAGCUACGGAUGUAUGACGAGAAAGCGCAUGAGUGGAGGUCUCUGGCCCCCAUGGAUGCACCCCGGUACCAGCAUGGCAUUGCAGUGAUCGGGAACUUCCUCUAUGUCGUGGGCGGGCAGAGCAAUUACGACACGAAAGGAAAGACGGCGGUCGACACCGUCUUCAGGUUUGAUCCUCGGUAUAACAAGUGGAUGCAAGUGGCUUCUUUAAAUGAAAAGCGAACCUUCUUCCACCUAAGUGCCCUCAAAGGACAUCUGUAUGCAGUCGGGGGUCGAAAUGCAGCUGGUGAGUUAGCCACAGUGGAAUGCUACAAUCCAAGGAUGAAUGAAUGGAGCUACGUGGCAAAAAUGAACGAGCCUCACUAUGGCCAUGCUGGGACUGUGUACGGGGGGCUGAUGUAUAUUUCAGGAGGCAUCACUCAUGACACUUUCCAGAAGGAACUCAUGUGCUUUGACCCUGACACGGACAAAUGGACUCAAAAGGCUCCGAUGACAACGGUCAGGGGCCUUCACUGCAUGUGUACUGUUGGCGACAAGCUUUACGUAAUCGGUGGGAACCAUUUUAGAGGCACCAGCGACUACGACGACGUCCUCAGCUGUGAAUAUUACUCGCCAACCCUUGACCAGUGGACACCAAUCGCCGCUAUGCUGCGCGGUCAGAGCGACGUCGGGGUGGCUGUGUUCGAAAACAAAAUAUAUGUCGUGGGUGGGUAUUCUUGGAAUAACCGUUGCAUGGUGGAAAUAGUCCAGAAGUAUGACCCGGAGAAGGAUGAGUGGCACAAAGUCUUUGACCUCCCAGAAUCCCUUGGGGGGAUCCGUGCCUGUACGCUGACAGUCUUUCCUCCGGAGGACAAUACGGGGUCGCCUUCUAGAGAAUCUCCCCUUUCGGCACCCUGAGAGAGAGACAGAAAGAGAGAGACAUCCUGCUGGACUCGCCACGUCGUCGUUCCAAGACUGUUGCACUGCGUCAUGGGUUCUCUUCUUAUUUGUCUUCAGUAGCUAUCUACCAGGCUUAACCCUGAAGCAACUGGCACAGUGACAGGUGGGGUGGGGCGGGUGCGAAAUAGAAAAGAGAGACGGACUUGCGCUCAUUGGUCCAGAAUGUUUCUCAAGCGGAGGAGGAGGAGGACAGUGGAAUGUGCGGAACAAUAUAUAUAUAUAUAUAUGUUCCUUUGAAGCCAAAACGCUUAACAAAUGAGGAAAGCAAGGUGUCUUAAAAAAAUCUUAUAUCUGUCUGUCUCCGCAUUAGGUACAUUGGUGGCGUUGUGUGUUAGGUGCGAAGCGAAUAUGCAAGUGGGAAGCCCAGUGAGUCGGUGAGGGUGUGUGUGCACAUGUGCAAAUGCAACCCAUGGAUGGGGGGGACCUUGUUUGCUAUGCCUUGGAGCCAAAGGGCUGUCUUUUCCUUGGUGCACCUGUCGGGAGAGAGGCAGCCUCUACCAGUGCAAACCUUGGCAACUCUCUGGCCUCAGCUACCUCCCUCUUCCCUUGGACUUCUUCGUUUUUCUGACUUUAUUCUGGGGGAGGGUUAAAUUUUUCAGAGAAUAUGACAAAUAGGAGAAACCCAGCCAUUUUGAAGCAGGUAGCAGACAUACGACAGGAAGACCCUGAAUGUAUAGGCCAGGGUUGUUGGGGUUUUUUUUAAAAAAAAGAAAAUAACCUAUUAAGAUCUUCCUUUUUUUUUUCCUGGUCCAUAAAAAGAACGGAAACAUGUCUGAGGUUUUUAAACUGUGGUUCUCCCCCUUUUCUUCUCUCCUCUUCCUCUCCACCAUAAGAAAUCCUGAUUCAGCUCAAGUCACGAUGGCAGCCCGAGGCGUUCGUACAUUCGUGCAAUUGCGCCGUGACCCAGUUGGAUCACCUGCGCUGGAUUUUCAGUAGACAAGGGCUAGAACCUCUUUAAACUUAGGAAGCCACUCCAAGUGUGACCGAAACGGUCCCUUUUCAGAUGAAAUGUUGAAAUCUGCCUUCUCCAACCCUCUCCCAAACUCCCGUCCCCAAGUAUCCUUUGGUUGGGUAAGAACUCUUACCUCUCUCACACCUCUGUAUAAAAUCUCAGUUAAUACGGUUAUUUAGCACAAAACGCAGCUUUGAAGAGAGCUGCUUUUGCUCAGAGAAUUCAGAUUACCGUGUUCCUUUUGUUCAAUAAAAUCUUUAACUGCAA